AUGCAGUGCCAGGAGCUCCUCGUGCGGGGCUUGAGCUUGGUGAUGAUCUUGGGUGGGAUAAUGCACUUUAUAUGUCUCAUGAAGUCUCACGCUGCCUAUGGUCGCUACGUGGACACAUCGGGCAGCUCCAUGAUGGUGCCCGCAAGGCUCGCCUGGUUCCUCCAGGAGCUUCCCGCUCUGCUGGUGCCCCUGAUUUUGAUGCUGACCACCGAUGGAAACAAUGGCACUGGGAGACACCUGAUGCUCUGGACCUUCUGCCUGCACUACUUCCAGAGGAGCUGCAUCUACUCCCUGCUGACCAAAGGGCGGCCGUAUCCGUUUGACAUCAUGCUGUUUGGGAUGGUGUUUUGCUCUAUUAAUGGCUUCCUGCAGGCACACUAUCUGCUGCACUGUGCAACGUAUCACAAUACAUGGUUUUCUGAGGCCUGUUUACUAGCCGGUCUGAUAAUAUUUUUCAUAGGAAUGGGAAUCAAUAUUCACAGUGACCACAUUCUUCGCAGCCUGAGAAAACCUGGAGAAAUUUCCUAUAAAAUCCCAAGAGGCGGUUUGUUUGAGUAUGUGUCUGGAGCAAAUUUCUUCGGGGAGAUUGUAGAGUGGCUGGGCUACGCUGUUGCUACCUGGUCUUUGCCCACAUUUGCCUUUGCUUUUUUCACAAUUUGCUUCAUAGGCCCGAGAGCCUAUCACCAUCACAGGUUCUAUAAUGAGAAGUUUAAAGAUUUCCCCAGAUCAAGAAGAUCUCUCAUACCCUUCAUCUUCUAA